GGUGUGGAGUUUAUCAAGAACCAUUCGAAAAUCUACAUCAAUCAAAAUAUCUCUUUUUAAAUCUUCGUUUAGCUUGUUGUAAUCUACCGUGGAGUGAUUUUGAACAUUGCGAUUCCCAUCCAUUCCACAAACAUCAUUUUCUUCACCGUACAAAUGGUGGCGGGUGAAAUAAGCACGGUCCACUCUCGCUAGUUUUCAUCGAUAAUGUUAAAAUUACAUUUGAAGUAAAAGCAUUGUUGGAUCACUCAUCGCAGGUGAUGUAGGUGAUGUAGCCUAGUGGAUGAGCCAACGGACUGUGGAUCACAGGAUACGAGGUACGAUUCCCUGCCAGGGCACUCGCGAACUUUAACGAAAAAUUUGUUGCACUCGACCCAGAUUAAGCAAAUGGUAGGAAAUAAUUCCUUGAAUGCUUCAGCGGCAGCGCCUUCAUCACCGUAGCUAUCGACUAGAACCGGUGUAACUAAUAACACAAAGCUUUUUUUACAUUAGUCGAACCCAAACCGAUUAUAUAAUCACUUUUAUGACCUCAGAAUUCCUUCCUUUGUUAAACCUGUUAUUCAACUAAGCUUAUAAGCCCAGAGUCGGGCUUUAGUAAGAUACAGAACAUUGCCAUUGCUUUGCAUGGUAUCAUCAAUUCUUACGGCUGAACUAUCGUAGGAGUACUAACCAAAAUCUAUCAAGUUCUUCUGAAACACUCUGGGCAACAUGAAAGCCCCGAAGGUGGAUGGUCAGGAGGGCUCCUGGGGGACGGCCCCGGAGCGGGAAGAAAAGAGUUUGCGAACGAUUCUUAACAGUCGCAUGGAGAACUCUUCAGCGCAUGGCGUACCUAACAUUCAACGCUCCUCAGGACCAGUCACUAAACUCGCUUGGUCACUUGUCUUUUUGACUGGUAUUAGUGUCAUGACUUGGCAAGCUGUCAUUCUCUUUCAAACCUAUUUCGAGUGGAACUACUCGGUCAAUCUUGAGGUGAGGUUCAACCGGACCCAAUCCUUUCCGGCAAUCACCAUCUGCAACGCGAAUCCGAUAAAGAGAUCCGAACUCGAAACCAGGGAUGCAUUAUUCCAAGCACUAUUCGACGUCCAUUACGUGCCCAGCAUGCCCGAUCUGCCCGACCAGCAGCCCCUUCCUGACGAGCAGCCCCUACCUGACGUGCCAGAUGGCGUCACACCUUCUAUGCUCAAUAAUUCUGAUUCUGGCAAUGAAACUCAAGGAGGGUCUAGUAAUGAACAAAUCGAAAUAUCUGAGGCUGUGAUCGACUGGAGAUCUCGUAUCGCGAUACCAAGGUUCUAUCGAAUGAAAUCUGUGGAUUACGGGAAGAAACGUAUUCGAGUAGUUACUCUCGCCAAUGCGACUCUGGAAGAGCGGGUUUCUCUGGGUCAUAAGUUGGAUGAUAUGCUACUUGAUUGCUCCUGGAAAGGCAUACCCUGCUCACCCGAAAAUUUUACAAAGUUUUACGACUCCAAACUGGGAAACUGUUACACCUUUAAUUCUGGACAAAAUGAGGAACAAUUAACCACCCACCGACCAGGCUCUACUCACGGUCUUACUCUGGAGCUCUUUGUGCAGCAAGAUGAGUACGUGGAAGGUAUGACAGAAGUAGCAGGUUUUAGGGUCAGUGUCCACCAUCCAUCCAUUAUGCCAUUCCCGGAAUAUAAUGGUCUCUUGGUGUCUCCAGGUUUCGCCACCGACAUUGGACUUCGCGUGCUCGAGGUGGAUCGACUACCUAAACCCUAUGGGGAUUGCAAGGCAGACCUGAAACAGGGUAUUGAGGAUGAUAUUUACCAUCAACAUUACAACAUCACAUACAACAGGAAGACGUGUGAAGUGAGUUGCUUCCAAAAUGAGGUGAUAAGUAGAUGUGAUUGCUUUGACGCAACGUACCCAAACUCUCUUAAAGUCAACCGUACUGUCUACCCAUGUGAAUACAUCAAUGACGUUGAAACCCAAUGUAUGGCCGAUAUCGAGAUGGAACAUGCCCGUGACGAGCUAGAGUGUAACUGCCCCCUCGCCUGCCGUGAAACGACAUAUUUGACAAGUGUCAGUUCUUCCAUCUGGCCUUCAGAUGCUUAUGAGUCUACGCUAAUUGAAAAGAUGGUGAAGUAUAAUGCAGAAAUUCGGAGGCAUGUCGUAGGUGAAAACGCUUCGGACUGGACUAGGAGGAAUAUGGCUAAAGUGGAGAUAUUCUACGAUGAGUUUAACUAUGAACACAUUCGACAAGACGCUGCAUACACGAUUCCUGAUCUUCUGAGCGAUAUUGGCGGGCAGCUUGGUCUGUGGCUCGGCCUCUCAAUCAUCACUAUCUUUGAGUUUUUUGAAGGCGCUUGGCUCCUUCUCGCUUUUUUCUGUUCCCAAUCUGGGAACAAGACCAAACGAAGCGAAAUCGACCCUGGGACCAAGACCACGUGAUAGUUCCCCGCACCUUACCGAGAUGUGAUUGAUAGUGGUUAUCGACGUGAUCGAUCAACUUAUGAUGACGGAGUAUAUAUCCACGAUCCUGAUGUGAUAAUAAGAAUUAAAUGAUAUCCAUAAAAGUAACUUUGUGUAACGCUUAUAAUACUAAUUCGUUUCUAAACGCUCUACCCUAGGACAACUACCCCUGGAAAACUAACCCUGAGGACGACUAACCCCUCCCCACUCAUACCUACGCGCCAUGACUACUACUAUUUAAAUUUCGCCAGGGAAGAGGGGCGGCGUUGAUAUCGCUUCCCCGAAUGGCAAACUUCCAUUUUUUUUUAAAUAUUGUGAGCGAGCAAACAAGAUUGUAAUAAUGAUUUUUCUUGAAGUAAUCUCGAUUUGUGUACAGCGCUUUGAAAUUUUUAUGUCACAAGCGCUAUAUAAAUUGUUCGUAUUAUUAAUUUUUACUAAACUGUCUUAACGUAAAAAUGUGUGCUUGUGUCAGGAAAAAAAAGGGUAAGAUAAAGAGAAUGAACACUCACUUCCCGAAUAUUAGACGGCGGUUACAAAAAUAUCGGGGGCCGCAGCCGCAGCCCCAGCCGCCCCGACCUCCAUGAGAGCGAUUCAGUCAUUGUUCCCUCGUGUGUGUGUGGGUGGGUAAUGGGCGCUCUUUUCGACGGUUGAACAAAUAGUUAUUACGUAUUUAUUGAAUGAUGGAAAUCUGUGCCUGAUUGAGCCUAGUUAUUCUCUUAGCCAAUAUGAGCGUUGUAUAUGCAUAUAAGUUUCACUCUCUGUCUCUCUCUCUCUCUCCCUCUCUCUCUCUCUCUCUCUCUCUCUCUCUCUCACACACACACUCUCUCUCUCUCUGAUGUUCAGUCAAAGGCAGGUACAUACAUCAGAGCCUUCAUCCUCAUCCUCUCUAUUGUUAGCCUUCUUCUUUAUGAUGUAUCACCUUCCAAGUUUGACAACAUCACAAUUGUCGCUUUUCUCUUCCUCGUUUGCCAUCCAUCUUCAAUUCCAAGAUGCCCUAAUAUAAUAUGAUAAUAUUUAGCUUUUAUAUAGCGCUUAAUACAGUGUCUCUAAGCGCUUUACAAAUAUACUAUAACCCCGAUCAUUGGAUUCAGUGCUUGCAUGUUAGCAUGUAAGCAUGUUAUCCCCCGUAAGAUGUGUCCCAUCCAUUUUCCCUCCAUCUCCAGAUUGUUUUUUUCUCAAGCUUCUUUGUUUGAUUUUAAACAGUAUCUGAAGAAAACUGAAUCUACUGCUUUUUAUUUUUACUCCAGUCACUCCAAGGGAAAUAAUAAACAUUGUAGAUAAAUUAAAGAGUAAUAAAUGUAGUGGUUUUGACAGUGUUGAUGUUAAGAUGGUUAAAAGAGUUAUACAUUUGAUCUGUUGUCCAUUAUGUGCAAGUUUUAAUUCUUCAUUGGAAACUGGGAUCGUACCAGAUCAGAAAAUUGCUCAAAUUAUUCCUAUAUUUAAAAGUGGUACUAAAACUUAAAUGUCCAAUUAUAGACCUAUAUCACUAUUUCCAGUAUUCUCUAAGAUAUUGGAAAGAGCUGUGUAUAAUCGCUUAUAUUCCUUUUUGAAUCUGCAUAAUAUUUUGAAUAAUUCACAAUUUGGUUUUCGAACAGGCCACUCCACUUCCUCAGCUUUAGCUGAUUUUACAUGCCAAGUUUCUCAAGUUUUUGAUAAAUCGGAAAUCAUGAUGGGAUUGUUUUUAGACCUCAGUAAAGCCUUUGAUACUCUAGAUCAUAAUAUUAUACUUGCAACAUUAUUCAAUUACGGAAUACGUCGUGUGUUAUUAAAUUGGUUUAAGAGUUAUUUAUCAAACAGAAAAAAAUUUGUCAAAAUUAAAGGUAAUACUUCGUCUAUACAAACAGUUGUAUGUGGAGUGCCACAAGGCUCUAUUUUAGGCCUGCUUUUAUUUAUUCUUUCUAUUAAUGACAUGUGCAAUGUAUCGGACAAAUUAAAAUAUAUCUUAUUUGCAGACGACACCAGUGUGUUUAUGGCUCAUAAAAAUAUUCAAAGUUUACAACAGGACUUUGGUAAUGAAAUAAACAAGCUAUUACAUUGGCUUUCUUUAAAUAAAUUAAUUUUAAAUGUUAAUAAAACUAACUACAUGGUAUUUACAAAACAAAAAAUAGAUUUUAAUGAAGUUGAUCUUCAGGUGAAUAAUCAUGAAUUCCAACGUGUAUCUGUAAACAAAUUCCUUGGAAUAGAAAUUGAUUCUAAACUUACAUGGAAUGAACACACUGGGGCUGUUUGCAACAAGAUCUAAAAAAAUACUGGCAUUCUAAACAAACUUAGAUUUUUACCAAAAUGUGUUUUAAGAAUUUUAUACAAUACUUUAAUUCUUCCUCAUUUAUAUUACUGUCCUGAAGUAUGGGCCAUGACAAGCCAAACCAAUCUGAAUAGGAUGCUCAAAAUGCAAAAGAAAGCCAUCCGGGUAAUUUCAAAUUCAGACUACAGAGCUCAUUCGGAACCUAUAUUUUAUAAAUUAAAGCUUCUCAAUGUAUUUGAUAUCUAUAAAUAUCAUAUUGCAGUCUUUAUGUACUUGUGUCGAAAUGAAUCUAUACCAUAUGCACUUCUAAAGUAUUUUAAUUUGAAUUCGACUUUUCAUGAUUAUGAAACUAGAAAUGCAUCUAAUUUCCACUUACCACAAAUUAAAACAACCUUAAUGAAAAAGUCAAUAUCUUUCGAUGGUCCAAAAAUGUGGAAUUCCAUUCCAAUAAAUAUAAGAAAUUGCAAAAGUCUUCAAACUUUUAAACGAAAAUAUAAAAUGUAUUUAAUUGAAUCUUACGUGCUUUAACUCACCAGGCUCUCAACCCCCCCCCCUGUUUUCCCCAAUUUGUUCAUGCUUCCAAUCGCACAACAUUUAAUUUGCCUUUUAUUUAUAUUAUACUGAGGGAUGGGCUCUAGCAUAAGGACCAUACUCCUUUUUAGCUCAUCCCUUCACUCCCAUUAUGUUAUGUUUUUUGUUGUUGAAUGUAUGAUAUUUUAUGUGUGAUUAUUCCGUAUUUAAUUGUAUAUGUUCUUGUACUUUUAAUGAUGAGUGUAAAUAAACGAACUUGAACUUGAA